UCCAAUUUCUCUUCUUCUCCAAAUUUCGGCCAUCUCCUUCAUCUUAACCCAAGUUUUCAUGGCUACACAAAGAGAACACCCCCACCCCGGGCUCAUAAAACGUUCCGUAUUAGUGAUGAUACCUGGAGAACAUCGUGCUGAUAAUGUGGGAAAAAGUGAAGCGUUGAGAGUCUUGAAACUGAGGUGCAUUACUUACCCGAAAUCUGCCAAGGACGAUGACGAAUGUCAUCCUAGAGUCGUAGAACUGCUGAGGGCAUCAGGCUUUCACGUAGCUGAACGAUUAGUAAAAAUCAAAAUUGAUUGGGGUCUUAUCACCGCAUUGGUUGAGAGGUGGAGACCAGAAACACAUGCUUUCCAUUUACCUUUUGGCAAGGUAGGCAUUACCUCUCAAGAUGUACAAGUGCUGAUGGGGUUACCGAUUGACGGUCUCCCACUUACUGAGCCCUCAUCCACAGUUGGUAGUUCCUAUCACACGCAUGAAGUUCCCGAACAUCAACAGUGGCCUAAUUUUAGUUGGGUUGAGAUAUUUGGCAAUGAUCACCUCAGUGGAGCGACCGGCGGUGCAGGGCCGAGCUCACAAUAUUAGUUUAUAAUAUUUAUAUUACCGUAAUAGUAUUAACAUUAAUGUAAUAAUAUCUUUGUGUGAUGUAGUAUUAUAAGUUUAAUACGGAGUAAUAUGAAUGUUAUUGCCAUAAUAUUCAGC